CACAUGGACUCAUGGGGUUCCGUUGUGUAAAGCUGCGUUCAGGGACUCGGAGCUUCAAGUUGGAGUUUUAGGGUUUUAUUUAUACUCUUCUGUCAAUGGUUUUGAUGCAGGAGCUAUUGCAUCGAGUCUUCUCAUCAGAUUUCGAACGCAUUCUGUAACGGUGGAAUCGGGUAUCUAUAAAGAAUGGAUAUUCUGGUGGCAGAAUUGGAAUUCCAUAAAAAGUUUAAAGAGUUGAAAGAGUGUGAUUCCUUAUUCUGUUGUGAUCAUUUGGAUUCAGAAGUUGUUCACAAGAUAGCUCAAGUCCUUCUACCAGGAUUAGCCACAGCUUGCAUUGACAACACAACCGGUGAUCCUUUCAAUGGCCCAGCUUCUGUGGCUAUAGAUAUUAGGAAGGAAAUGGUUGACUAUCUUAUGCAUAGAAGUGAAACAUAUGUAGCAGCAACCAUGAUUCAAAAAGUUGUUCCAGAUGUGGAAACUUCUGAUCAUCCUAUUGAUAUUGUUUCAGACUUCAUUGAUGAUUUUGUAAGUUCAAAAAGGAACAUGUUUAGUCUAAUUUCUGGAUGGCUGCUCAGUGAAAAGAGGGAGGACAAGAUAGAUGAUUUUGCACAAGAAAUGGAGGUGAAUGCCUUUUGGUCAAUCGAUAGAAGGGAAGCCAUUGCUAAGAAUCUUUUGAAGAACCUUGACUUGAAGAACACAUUUUGUUGUGAAAUGAGAUUUGAUACUGCUGAAGAGUUAGCUGAGCAUAGUCACCAGUGCAUCUUUAGGUCUAUUGACUGUUCAAACGAGGGAUGCAGUGCUAGAUUUUGUGCAGUUGACAUGGAAAAGCAUGAUUCUUUGUGUCACUUCAAGGUUCUUCCAUGUGAACAGAAAUGCUCAGAGAACAUACUGAGGCUCGAGAUGGAUAGACACUGCAUAACUGUUUGCCCAAUGAAGCUUACAAACUGCCCUUUCCACCUUGUGGGUUGUCAAUCAACUAUUCCUCGCUGUACCAUUGAGGAACACAGUGCAGAGACUCUUCAUUCUCACUUGCUAUAUGUUCUCCAAGUAAUUCACAAGGAAGCAUCUGUUGAGGAUCUGAACCAUUGGGCGGAGCUGCUGGAAAUGACUCUAUCUCCUGGUCAAGCUCAAGAUGCAAGAUCUUUAACCUUUGCAGUGAGGGAGCUUGAAGCAAAAAUGGGUCCAUUAGGACACAUCUCCAGGAGUGUUAUUGACAACUGAAAAAGGGGGUUGGGAGCAGACUGCAAA